CAUCCCACCCUGUGCUUCCAUCGACAGGUGAAGGUGCAGGGCAAGGACGUCACCUUCGCUCUUAAAGUCAUCAAGAAGAAGCACGUGGUGGACAACAGGCAGCAGGAGCACAUCCACUCGGAGAGGAAGAUCCUCGCCGAGGCUCGCUCGCCCUUCGUCGUCAAACUUUACCGCACAUUUAAGGAUGACAAGUACGUGUACAUGCUGCUGGAGGCCUGUCUGGGUGGAGAAAUUUGGAGUCUGCUCAGAGACAGAGGGAGCUUUGAUGAGACCACUGCUAAAUUCUGCGUUGGUUGCGUCACAGAAGCUUUCGAUUACCUCCAUCGCAAAGGUGUUCUCUACAGAGACUUGAAGCCUGAGAAUCUCAUGCUGGAUACUGAGGGAUACAUCAAACUGGUUGACUUUGGUUUUGCAAAGAAGAUAAGAUGUGGCCAAAAGACGUGGACCUUCUGCGGAACACCGGAAUACGUGGCCCCUGAGAUCAUCCUCAACAAGGGCCACAACUUCAGUGUGGACUUUUGGUCUCUGGGCAUCCUGGUGUUUGAGCUCCUCACUGGCAGUCCUCCGUUCUCAGGGAGCGACCAGAUGAUGACAUACACUUUCAUCCUGAAAGGCAUUGAGAAGAUGGACUUCCCCAAAAAGAUCACCAAGAGACCCGAUGACCUCAUACGCAAGCUGUGCAGGUACAACAUCACAUGGGCAAAAACAAAGUUAGACUCCUCCAGUUUACCACUGAUGCCACAUGCACAUAUUUAA